AUGUCAACCCGUGGUCUAAAAUAUACAUUCAUCGUGGGGGAGCUUGUAUUAUGUUUUGAGCCUGAUCCAACAAAAGCAAAAGUUCUUUAUGAUGCUAAGGUUCUGGAUUUACAGAGUUUGAAAGAUAAAGAUGGUAAAAAGAUUCCUGGUUAUCACAUUCACUUUCAGGGCUGGAAUAGCAGCUGGGAUAGAAUUGUAAGUGAAGAAUUCAUUCUGAAGAGUACUGAUGAAAAUCGUUUACUGAUGAAGAAAUUGGCAGAAACUGCAAAGAAAAAUCAAUCGAAGGGAAACAGAACUCGUAAAAUUGAUGAGAUUUUAAAGAAAUUUGAUAAUGAAGAGUUGUCUGAUGAUAAUGGUCAUGAUGAUGAUAAUUCUAGUAAAUUAGAUGAUGGACAUUAUGAUGAUGAUGUAUCAUCUGAAAAUUCUGAUAAUGAUUUAAAAGAGAGUCCUGAUUCAGUUCCUGAUUAUCCACAACCACCUAAACAGCCGACACAUGAUCCAGUAGAAGUUAUUUUACCUGAUCGUAUUAAACAAAGAUUAGAAGAUGACUAUUAUUUAAUACAUUAUAAAGAUAAGUUACUAAAAUUACCAGUUCAGCCGAAUGUUAUUGAUAUAUUAGAGAGUUUUGUGAAGAAUUACUGUUUUAAUUUGCUGUCAGAUCCUGGUGAAAGAGAGAAAUCAAGGAGUAACAGCUCUGAUAGUUGGAACCAUGCUCCUGGUAGAUGGAUUCCAUUAUGUAAAGAAAUGGUAGAUGGUAUUAGAAUAUGUUUCGACUUCACUUUACCAAUAUUACUGUUAUAUAAUGAUGAAAAAGAUCAAUAUAAGAGAAUAUGUAAAACAAUUACACCACAAAUUCUUCAUCAGGAAAGUCAAAGUUAUGAACCUGAAAGGAAAAAAUCUAAAAUACAAUCUCCAACACGAUCAUCUCAACAUGAUUCUGAUAGUGAUUCAUCAGAUGAUCUCUCUAUUAGAAGAAUAACUCGAAGAUCUAUUCAUGAAGAGACUCCAAAGAGUCAUCCAAGGGGUCGUAAGACUGGUGCAAGAUCAAAAAGAACAGUUAGUUCACCACCUACAGUAGAAAUCAAAACUGAACCUGGUAGUGAUAAUGAAAUAAGUUUCAAUUUAAAUGUGCAAUCUUGCAAUCAAAACAUUUUCAAUGCUCCUCCUACAUCUAGUAAUGGUAAUGGUUUUCAUCCUCAUGAUGAUCAUCGGUCAGAGAUGAUUGACAGUUUGUUGUCAUGGAAACUAUUACCAUCUGGUGUCCAAAGUGAAUCUCAAAUACAACCAUCUCAAAUCUAUGGUAUUCAUCAUUUAUUAAGAUUAUUUGUUAAAUUUCCAAGUUUAGUGAAUAAGAUGAACAUAGAUCAACCUAGAACUGAUAUUCUGAUGAAAUUAGUGGAUAGUUUUCUACAAUAUGUAGUAGAAAGGGAAGAUCUGUUUCAAGAAGAUUAUUAUAUGGAUUCCUGA